AUGUCCGGCCCACCACCACCCAAAACUAACGAGAAAUCAUCACAACCGGUCACCGGACGAUCACAAGAGCCUACGCGUAAAGGUCAACUUGGACCCAAUUACUUGCGUAUAAUUGAAGAGGACGAAGAAUAUGGGCAUGCUCUUUUGGAGCCAAGUGAGGAGCAGAUCAAAUUCGAAAGAGAAGCACUUUUUGAGGAUCUCCACUUGGACCGUCAACGAAGUGCCCGUUCAUUCAUUGAAGAGACUUUCGAGGAGGAGAUGCUUGGACCCCAAAAUGGCAUUCCACCCACUACAGAAUCUCCACAGUCAUACAUUCCCAUCCGAUACCGUAAUCCACCAGCAGCUGCACCGGUUCAUGACGUUUUCGGAGAUGCUGUACAUGCAAUUUUUCAAAAGUUGAUGACUCGAGGUCCACCUGUCGAGUACUGUCACUGGAUGUCCUAUUGGAUUGCCAAGCAGAUUGAUAAGGAUAGUCCAGUGAAGUAUCAUGAGUGUCGUUUUACUCCUGACCAAUACGUGACGGAGAAUACUGCAGAAGCCAAGAAGACUUACAUGGACAAUAUGUGGAAGGCAGCAGAAAAGAAUUUAUGGAUGUACACCUACAACUCUCCACUCCUUCGCACAAAAUGGACUGGAAUUCACGUGUCUGCUGAACAAAUAAAAGGACAACGUCACAAACAGGAGGAUCGAUUUGUCGCCUAUCCGAAUAGCUUGUACAUGGAUACGUCUCGUUCGGACCAUAUUGCUCUUUUGGGUGUUUUCGAUGGUCAUGGAGGCCACGAGUGCUCCCAAUACGCUGCUGGGCAUAUGUGGGAGACGUGGAUUGAGACACGAGCCUCGCACUUCGAGGAGCCACUUGAGAAGCAACUGAAGACUUCGUUGGAUCUUCUGGAUGAGCGUAUGACUGUAAGAAGUACGAAGGAAUGCUGGAAGGGAGGUACCACGGCUGUCUGUUGUGCAAUUGAUAUGAAUAAGAAGGAGUUGGCAUUUGCUUGGUUGGGAGAUUCACCAGGCUACAUUAUGGAUAAUCUGGAAGUUCGCAAAGUGACACGCGAUCACUCUCCAUCAGAUCCCGAAGAAGGUCGUCGCGUCGAAGAGGCUGGUGGUCAACUGUUUGUGAUUGGUGGAGAGCUUCGAGUGAAUGGUGUGCUCAAUCUGACACGUGCACUAGGAGAUGUCCCUGGCCGACCGAUGAUCUCGAAUCAAGCGGAAACGUGUCAGCGAGAUAUUGAAGUAGGCGACUAUCUGGUAAUUCUUGCUUGCGAUGGAAUAUCGGAUGUCUUCAACACAAGUGAUUUGUACAAUUUAGUGCAGGCCUAUGUCAAUGAAAAUCCUGUAGAAGAAUAUAACGACUUGGCUCAUUACAUCUGCCACGAAGCGAUUGCUCAUGGAAGUACGGACAAUGUGACAGUCGUCAUUGGAUUCCUCCGUCCACCACAAGAUCUCUGGCGCAUGAUGAAAAUCGACGAAGAGUCAGACGAAGAAGAAGACGAGGUUGAUGAUGAAUAG